AUGGCAUCUAACGACUUGAUAAUUGCUCGCCAAUUGUCGGCAGCCGAAAUUGGUUCUGUCAAACUCCACCAGCUUAAUCAGCUCCUCUUCGAUGACAUCGAUAUUUUCGGUUCUCGAGGCUUCAGACAAUCCAAUGUCGAUAGCCUUCUACAUCGAUUUGACUACGAAGGCUGCCGGCGACUGGAUCCACUAACUUGGAUUCCUUGUGAAAUAAAACUCUCGGAUCUCCAGCCGCUGGUGGCCGGAGACUUGAGUGACAGCGAUCCAAAAGAAAUAACCUUGCCAGACGGCUGGAACCUGCAUUGCUUCCAAGGAAAACAUCGCAUUGCUGCUGCUCGCGAAUGGUUAGAACCAAAUGACAUUUGGUGGAUUUUCAACCUUUACGACGCCGAAAAGCUGAACGAUGACUGCCGUAGGAGACUGCGGGAAUGUGACUCGAGGUCGCAUACGUUCAGCGACGGGGAAAUAUUCCGGAACAUUCGCCAUUACCAACAGAGGGGAGAGAUAGAUGCUGCUAAAGAAUGGCUUGCAAGAUGGUCACCAACCAAAUGCAAGGAAUUUAACCGGAUUUACGAUCCAAAGAGUACCCAGGACGAAUUCCGUUGCCUCGGAAGGAGGCUGGAUGCGCUUCUUCGUUUUCCUGCUUUAUGGACCUCGUGGUAUAUGGGGACCCAUCUAGGAAGUCUUAAAUGUCCAGAGGAGCUCGCAGAUUCCUUAGCAGAGGUCAACUGUGCUUGGCAAUCUCUCACCUGCCAUAACCCUCAGUUUCUUGACACAGCGACUCUUGAAAUGCUAGAGGGACGCUGCCCUCGACUAUCAAUGGCUGACCGCCGAUAUAUCAACCAGAUUUUUCAAGACGGCUUGGCAUUUCCGAUGGCCUGCGACCCGGCUGUGCGAUCGCAGUUGUUGCAUGCUGCCUUGAAUUACAGAAAAAUCAUCCCCUCUCUCAGAACCUUCUUGGAAAACGCAAAAUAUCUCAAAGCAAUGACCGAUGUUAUCAAAAAGGUGCUUCCGAUGAGAAUCAAAGGCACCAUCCGCCAGACCAUGCUUCGUUAUUACAUCGGUCCCAAGGACUUCCAAUUCCAGGUGCAGUUGCUAGAAAACGAGUUCGUUCAAAGAAAGCGCACUAGUGAUUUUGGCUUCUGGUCUGCAUAUCGCCAGAUAUUUCUGUUUGCCAUGCGUCACUUCUGUGGAAUGACUGACUCGCAACCUCUCGGAUUCAGUCAAAUUUCAAGGUCCCGAUGCGCCGAUAGAUCAGAGCUAUGGCAACGCCUUAGAAUCCUCCUUGGCAAGAUUGGAUUCGUCUUCCCUGGAUCUAGAAAGAGUCACGCAACAAACUCGAUAGAGUUCAUUGCUAUUCGAACACUCCUCACCCGUCUCCGACCCCCUGAGCUCUUUGCGCACGAAGAAAAUAAUAUUUCCGAGUGGAGCGCUAAAGUCGCAUCGUUCCUUUGUUCAAUGACACCACAAGUCGCUGCAGGCCCAUCUCCUACUCAAAGCUGGGACAAACCUGAAACCUGGAGCCUUGAGCGCCGCUGUGGAAUGACAGACACAGAAACAUAUUUUCUGGAUCAGAAGUAUUUGUUCUUGGAGUAUAUAUACUCGGCAGACCACCCAGCUCAAGAGAACAUGACCUCAUUUGCAGUCAAACGGGACAUUUUCCAAUCAUUUUUUCCCUGA